AGGGCGGGGCGAGCCGUGCGGUUGCCAGGCGCUGGUCACUUGUGCGGGAAGUGCUGCUGAUAUUUCAGAGCGUCACGGGCGCGUUACAGACGCAUCGAGCGCAGAUUAUGAUCCGUGACGAGCUCGCUCGCGUCACCGGAUCCGCGCGCACGGCGAGAGUUCUACGGCUUUAACCGGGAGAUUAUUAACAAGUUCAGCGAGUAUCUCAGCGGCUAACGGGACUAGCUGGUUAGCCGACACAUCGCGAAUAAUUUCAGUUAAUCGAGUGGAUCGAUGAUCAUGGAGAAGAAGCGGACGGACUGUCCGGCGCUUCCGCCCGGCUGGAAGAAGGAAGAAGUGAUCCGGAAGUCCGGACUGAGUGCUGGAAAGAGUGAUGUGUAUUACUACAGUCCCACAGGAAAGAAGUUCAGGAGCAAGCCGCAGUUGUCCCGUUACCUGGGCAACACUGUUGAUCUGGGAUGUUUCGACUUCCGAACGGGUAAAAUGAUGCCCAGUAAAAUGCAGAAGAACAAACAGAGAAUGCGCAGUGACAAUCUCAGCCUGUCUAAGGGUAAGCCGGAUCUGAACACAGCUCUACCCAUCAGACAGACAGCCUCGAUCUUUAAACAGCCGGUCACUAAAGUGGUAAACCAUCCGAACAACAAAGUGAAAUCAGAUCUUCAGAGAGCGACGGAACAGCCGCGACAGCUCUUCUGGGAGAAGCGUUUGAAAGGACUGAGAGCUUCAGACGUGACUGAGGAAGUUCUCCGAACCAUGGAGCUGCCCAAAGCUUUACAGAGUAUAGGUCCAGACUCAUCAGAUGAGACUCUUCUGUCAGCUCUAGCGAGCGCUUUACACAUGAGUUCAGCUCCCAUCACAGGUCAGACGUCGACGGCCGCUGAGAAGAAUCCGGCCAUAUGGCUGAACACAGCCCAGCCGCUGUGUAAAGCCUUCACCGUCACAGAUGAAGACAUCAGGGAUCAGGAGCUGAAGGUUCAACAGGCCCGUCGCAGUCUGGAGGAGGCGCUGAUGGCCGACAGUUUGGCACGAGCUGCUGAAUCUUCUCAAGACAUUGAGGGCAAAGAAGCAUAAAGACUGAGCAGAUUUCUCUGUGCACUUCAGUCUCGCUCCCGGACAACACAGCACUCUUUCCAUAACCCGUAACAGAUAACAGCUUUAACCAAGGCCUUCUUUCUCAACUAGAGCUUCUAUUUUGAUGUACAUAUCUAUAUAUAAUUCAGAACAACACUUAUUUUCUGUCUGAAGAAAGUCUUUUCUUUUUAUAUGGGCAAAUACAGAGCAAUACUUGAUGAAAUCAGGUCACCGUUUGCUGGAUUUGUAUUGCUAUUUUUACCUUUGUGUCAUUAAUAUGCCAUGUGAUCUCUUCAGGGUUUGUAAGAAAUAAUGAAUAUAAUUCAGCUUUAUGAAUGAAAACUGCUUAUUUAAGAAAAAGAUUUUAUACCUUGAGAUAAAAAUGUGUACAUUUCUUGCAUAAAUAAAUGAUUAUAUUCAACAACUGA